CACAGCGCACGCGCGCGCACACAUGCAUUGUGUUUUGACGUCAAAAUAUAAUUCGUGUAAUCCUUUUGGAGUUGUAUUUUUCCUUCGUAUGUAAUUUUUCAAGAAGCAUACAAAGUCGCCAAAUCACUCUGGAGUCGACAGAGGAGGGGCUACACACAAUGCAGUUCUGAGACUUGAUCCGUCGGACAUCUCGGUUAUACCUCCACACUGUGGCAGGCUCGAGCAAUAUACGCAUAAAAAACCCAGGUUGUUGCCGGCGCAAAGGGGAAUUUUACACUAAACUGCCGCGUUAGUAGCGAAUUGGGACGGGAAACACGGACAUCAGGGUUCUGCAUGUAGAGAGAGAAAGGGUUUCCGCAGCAGAGUCGCAUUGAUAAUACCAACUCGUUACAGUGUAUUAAUUAGGGUUUAUUAGUUACUCCAGGAGAAGAGCCUUGACUUGGAAAUCGUGCAAGAUGGAAACUCCUUGUCGAAAAGAUCUUACAGCGCCAGAAGGGGUUUUUCUAUCUUCGCUGGCGAAGUACAUUCUCAAGAGAGGGACGGGACUCCCAAGUUUAAGAUGAUGGACUCUUACGAAGGAAGUGGGGGAGCAGCGGAAACAUUGAAAUCUCGUAUAGACUGUCUUGCUGCCUUAAUGGGCUUCUGCGUGUUUUACAUUUUAAUCUCGGGCUGCAUGUUCUUUUAAUUUGUCAAGUGCUACAUAUAAACUGGUUGUAAACAGACAGCGAAUGACAGCCAGAACACACAGUGUUGAAAAGAAAGAAAGAAAGAAAAAAGACUUUAGCCACCAUUGGACAUUAUAAAGCUCUUCUUCAAAGAGCAAAUAAUUCAAAGAGUAAAUAAUUCUGGCUUCAAAAAAUUAGUAGUCCAAGUGGAUGCAUAUUACUUGUAAGGGAACCUUUAAAUCCCUAAAUCAUUGGCCUUGGUGUGUUUUAAGGAGCCUAAUACCUGUGUGAGUUGAACAACAAAAUGGAAGAUGAUAGCUAUGGGAGUAGGAGCUCCAACAUCGGAAGUUCCAAUGUUAAUUUCACACCAGCCAACCUCAUCCUUAAUUUCCACAAUACGUCAAUGGCUCAGUGGGACAUGACAGAGCAGGAAAUGGUGCAUUUGCAGACUCGCCUCAGUCAGGAGCAAACAUACAGGAACUUCACCACCACAGUGCAGGUCUUGAUCUUCAUUGGCUCGCUCUUAGGUAACAGCGUGGUGUUGUGGUUCACCUGUCGCACGACUAUACUAAAGCCUGUCACCAACUGCUUGGUGAGGAACCUGGCGUGCUCUAGCGUGUGCGCGUGCCUGGUGUGCCUGCCCUCAGACAUGGUGCUGAGCGCCAGCUCACCAUGCUGCUGGAGGCUCCUCCCCCCUCUCCUCUGCAAGAUGGUCAAGUUCCUCCACAAGCUCUUCUGCUCCGUCACCAUCCUCACCUUUGCUGCCAUCGCAAUGGAUAGGUACUACUCCGUUCUGUACCCACUAGAGAGAAAGAUAUCAGAUGCCAAGUUCCGAGGCCUGGUCAUCUACAUGUGGGUGCACGGUGCGGUUGUCAGUUUGCCCGUGUUUGCCGUGAGCAACGUAGUGGAUGUCUACGCCGUGUCCGCGUGCCCGGACAGCCAGAGCUCCUCCUUGGGGCAUCUGGUGUACACCGUCACCUACAACGUGACCACCGUGGUUCUGCCGCUGGCCGUGGUCUUCUUCUUCCUCACGCUGAUCCGGCACGCGCUGAGCGCCAGCCAGAAGAAGAAGGCGGUGGUGGCGGCCCUGCGGACGCCGCGGAGCGGGACGUCCAUCCCGUACGUGUCGCAGCGGGAGGCGGAGCUUCACGCCACGCUGCUCUGCUCGGUCCUGGCCUUCAUGGCCUGCGGCGCUCCGUACGCGGCGCUGGUGGUGUACCGCUGCUCGCCGGGCGCCCCCCGCGAUGUGCCCGUCUCCCUGCUGCUCACCGCCAUCUGGCUGCCCAAGGUCUCGCUGCUUUCCAGCCCGGCGCUUUUCCUCGCCCUCAACCGCCCGGUGCGCCGGUGCCUGCUGGGCGCCCUGGCGCGGCUGCACCGCCGCUACAGCCGACGCAACGCGGUGGGGGCGGAGGGCGGGGCUGGGGCCGGGGCCGGGGCCGGGGGGGCGGAGCCGGGGGCCCGCUCUGGCAGUCAGCUCCUGGAGAUGUUCCACGUCGGGCAGCAGCAGAUCUUCAGGCCGAGCGAGGAGGACGAGGAGGCCGCCGCCACGCUGGCCAGGCCCGGGGGGCGGGGGGAGGAGCCGCAGCAGGCGGUGGAGGUGGCCCUCGUACCCGUGGCCUCCCCGCUCUAUGGCUGCACCACCUCCGCCGCCCAGGUGGCCCCGGUUUCGGGCCCGGAGGCAGAGGGGGACAGGUACGGCGGGCAGGUGGGCUACGGGCCAUUCGAGCUGCCCCCACAGUGGCUCUCAGAGACCAGGAGCAGCAAGAAGAGGCUGCUCCCCCCGCUGGGCACCACACCCGAGGAGCUGAUCCAGACCAAGCAGCCUCGGGCCAGGCCAGAGCACAGGAUCAGCAGGAACAACAAGGUCAGCACCUUUCCCCCUACAGAGUCUUGAGACCCACCUGCUGAUCAUGCGUACCAGCAGCAUCCACACCCAGUGACCACACUUGAUGGACACGCCCACUUACAAUGGCAACUGUCCAUACCAACAAGAGAGGCCCAUGCCGACAGUAGCGGACCAUGCCCACACCCACUGGUGCCAACCAUGCCCGUGCCUGUUGAACUCAUCUACACCAUUUUACUGUCCACACUGAGGAGAAUGCUUCUUCUUUAAAGAUUUCCCAUCAAAACAUAACAGCCCUAUUUGUGUUACAGGAAUUGAAUCACACCUUAAUGAUUAACCAACUUAUUUAAGGUUGUGAAAACACAGGGAUUUGCAAGAGUUGGUAAACAUGGAGAAUAGGAAAAAGUAACUCUGUAUUAUUGUGUAUUAUUAAAUGAAAUGAAAUAACAGGAUAUUUGAUUCAAAAUAAAUUAUAAGUUGACUGCUCUACCAUUCAAUAAACCUAUACAAAAUACAGGCCUUUUUUCAAUCAAAA